CGCUAGUCUCCACUCCUUCGUUUCCUCCGAUUUCCUUCUUCCCCAUUGCCGUCUUCUUUCGAGAAUUUUCAGAUGUUGUUGUUGCAGAACCACCAUUACUCCCCAACUCUUCUCUCUCCGCAAUUCUUCCUUUCGCCCCGCUAUCGCCAUUGCCAUCGGAGAGCUUCUUCUUCUUUUCCCUGCGGCUGUGUCGGAAAACCCACGGCGGCGGCCCUUUUCUCCUCCCUAUCGGCAGUCCCGCUGUCUUUAUUGGAGCCAUGGCUGGCGGAUAUCUCGGAACCCACCACAAUUACAGUACCCGUACCCGUGCCGGAAGACGGCGGUGGCCCAAUUGAGCUACCUUUCCCUUCUGCGCCGUCCAUCUUCGCCACCACCGAUGACCCUUCGCCGCUGCAGAUAGCAACUAGCGUGCUGCUCACCGGAGCUGUCUUCAUAUUCCUUGUUCGCUCCAUCCGCCGCCGUGUUAAGCGUGCCAAGGAACUGAGGUUCAGAUCAUCAGGAGCUACUAAGAAGUCGCUUAAAGAUGAGGCAUUGGAAAGCUUGAAGGCCAUUGGAGCUGCGGGCCCUGUUGAAGAAGGUAAGAAGCCUACUUCACCAGUGCAGGCACUUCUAGGUGGCAUAUCUGCAGGUGUGAUUGCUUUGAUUCUCUACAAGUUCACUACAACCAUUGAGGCAUCUCUGAACCGGCAGACCAUAUCAGACAACUUCUCGGUUCGCCAAAUAACGAUUACUAUCCGGACCAUCAUCAAUGGGUUGUGCUACCUUGCCACGUUCGUUUUCGGCCUCAACUCUGUCGGUUUAGUCCUCUACUCUGCCCAGCUCACGAUGAACUCUUUCAUGGAAGGGGAAGAAGCUCAAGCUGGUGAAGGAGAAGAGCUCUCAGAUACACUCAACUCAACUUCUGAUAGUGAUCAGAGUAGUCAGAUUGAUGAAAACCCGGAAGAUGGUGAAUAGUGUAAGUAAGUUAUGAGACCAGAAUGAUGUCUUGGAAUGACUUUCUCAUUCAAAUUCUCCAACAAAAUGACUCCAGAAACUAGAAAGCACACAGCUUUGAGAUUUUUAUUCCAGAUUGCAAGGAUAAAACCAUGUUCAAUUC